AUGGGAGAUAGUCAUCAGCACCCCAACGCGCACCCGCCAGACUUUGUACACGCAUCUUGCACUUCCCCAUUGUGGAGGCCGCACGAGAGCGCCAAGGUCAGAUCGCGUAUGGUCAAGUAUGGCGUGGAGAAGACGGGGUCGUUGGAGCAGAUUUUCUACUGUCCGGUCCAUACGAAACUACCCGUCGGGCAGCUCCACAAGUUUGCCUGCGGACAGCUUGAUCAUCUUGACAAGUGCCAUCCACCAUCGAGCAAAACCGUUCACGACGAUAGCACCAGUAAUCAUCAGAUGCCAGCGCAGGUGCGGAUCGGGAUGGCAUUAUGA